AAAAGGGAAAUCUCAUGGUCCAAUCAUUGCGCGAUCCAUCUCCCGUCUCCCCGUCCUCUCUUCGUCAAGUGUCAACUCCUCUCCUCUCCUCGCGAGUUCGCGCACCGCCUCCGCCGAUCUCCAUCUCCGCCGCCGUCCUGCUGCUUCCGCCGCAUCACAUCCCGGUGAGCAUCCCUAUCCGUCACGCUCACGCGCAUCCUCUCUCUUAGCGCGUAAAAGAAGAAGAAAUCUCCCGUCUCGUUCUCGUUACUGUCUCCUCCGCUCCUCUCCUUGCGCCGCUGCCAAGACGAACAGGGGGGAGGGCCGGGCGGCGAUCUCCAUCUGGCGAGCAGAGCAGAGCAGCGGAGGUGAGGGGAUCCUGCAUCAUGUCGGAUAUGAAGGACACCAAUGCUGCUGGACCUGAAACUGUUGGAAAUCCUGACCCUAUGGACCAAACUGAAGAUAACUCCAUGCCCUCAGCUCAAGAACAGGAAUUAGCAAUCAAGAAGAAAUUUGGAGGACUAAUGCCAAAAAAACCACCACUCAUCUCGAAGGAUCAUGAACGGGCCUAUUUUGAUUCUGCUGACUGGGCUCUGGGAAAGUCUGGACAGCAAGGCGCUGCGAAACCCAAAGGACCUCUUGAGGCACUUAGGCCAAAGUUGCAGCCAACACGACAACAGCAGCAGCGUUCCAGGCGCUUGAUUAACACCUCAUCAGAAAACGAGGAUGGAGACGGUGCUGGUGCUGAGGAUAUGAACAUCAACUGACCUGCUCAGGGAGUGUUCUGUUGGGAACCUCAUGAUUCAAAGCAGCUCAUUGUUCGUGGAUCGCAGGGAAGGAUAUGAUGUCUUUGAUGUUUCCAUAGAUAUGAAAAGAAAUGUUGUAUUUUUCAAAGACCGAUGUUAAUUCAUCGCACAGCUUACCUAUAUCUGUGCCAAAUUUCAGCAUAGACUAAACCAUUGUUUGCAUACGGCGUUGCACUCCAGUCGUGCUACGGCCUAUUUGUCAAUGGAUAUUUUUAAACAAGUUUGUAUUGUACAAAACAGUGGCAAAUCUACAGUGUUCUAGAUGGGAUCAUCCUAUGCUUUCAGAAAA